AAAGAACAACAAUUAAAAUCUAUCGAGACUCGGUGAAGAGCGAUCAUCUCCUAUUCUCAAUACUUAAACGAGUCCGCAUAGCAUUGUGUUGGGAGACUUCCAGGUCAGAACGUAUAAGAUAAAGCUUGUCCCUCCGAACCAGCCCUCCACCGAAGCACUUCAGUCCCUCAAAUAUGUCUUCCCUUCCCCCCGUCUACAUCGCCUCGGUGGCACGCACGCCUGUUGGAUCCUUCCUUGGCUCCCUCUCCAGCCUCACCGCUAUUCAGCUGGGUGCUCACGCAAUCAAGGCUGCCGUCGAGAGGGUGCCUGAGGUCAAGCCUGAGGAUGUUGAGGAGGUUUUCUUUGGCAAUGUGCUCUCUGCUGGAUUGGGCCAGGCCCCUGCGCGGCAAUGUGCUAUUCACGCCGGCCUGAGUGACUCUGUGGUCGCCACAACAGUGAACAAGGUGUGCGCCUCGGGCAUGAAGGCCAUUAUCCUGGGCGCGCAGACCAUCAUGACCGGUAACGCCUCCAUCGUCGUGGCCGGUGGCACCGAGUCCAUGUCGAACACGCCGCACUACCUGCCCAACCUGCGCACGGGCGUCAAGUACGGCGAUGGUACCCUCGUCGACGGCGUGCAGAAGGACGGUCUGCGCGACGCUUACGGCAAGAAGGAGCUCAUGGGCCUGCAGGGCGAGCUGUGUGCCUCCACGCACGGCAUCACCCGCGAGGACCAGGACGAGUACGCCAUCAAGACGUACCAGAAGGCCCAGGCCGCUACCGAGGCCGGUGUCUUCAAGGAGGAGAUCGCCCCCAUUGAGGUCAGCGGCGGCCGUGGCAAGCCCGCUGUCAAGGUCGACCGUGACGAGGAGGUCAAGAACCUCAACGUUGACAAGCUCAAGAGUGCCCGCGCCGUCUUCAUCCCCGGCACCGGCACUGUCACCGCCGCUAACGCCUCGCCCAUCAACGACGGUGCCUCCGCCGUCGUCCUCGUCUCCGAGGCCAAGCUCAAGGAGCUCGGCAUCAAGCCCAUUGCCAAGAUUCUCGGCUGGGGCGACGCCGCCCACGCCCCCGAGAAGUUCACCACUGCGCCCUCGCUGGCCAUCCCCAAGGCCAUUAAGCACGCCGGCCUGAGCGCCGAGCAGGUCGACUUCUACGAGAUCAACGAGGCUUUCUCCGUGGUUGCCCUGGCCAACAUCAAGCUGCUGAACCUCGACCCCGAGAAGGUCAAUGUGUUUGGUGGCUCCGUCGCCAUUGGCCAUCCUCUGGGCUGCUCUGGUGCCCGUAUCGUCACCACCCUUACCACCGUCCUCAAGGAGAAGAAGGCCAAGAUUGGCUGUGCUGGCAUCUGCAACGGCGGUGGUGGCGCUUCCGCUCUCGUUAUCGAGAGCCUCCAGUAAUUUGGGGAGCAACAAUACUGCAUUAAACUUCAGGAAACGGCGCAGUAGAAGGGGUUAUACACAACAUGAGAACGGUUGCUAUCUGGACUCUUGUGUAUUCAACUUGACUUGACAUAGAUUGUGUCUCGGUCAUAUUUUAUAAAGUGGGCGGCUGGUCUCAUUCUUUAAUGCAUAGAACUUGCCAAGUGCAUGGAAACUGCUAUCGGUGUUCUUUUCCUUCAGACAUUCAUUAUUUUGUUGACCAUAGUCACUCUGACCAAACCCCUCCCCCGGGCUUGGAGCACCUUACAUCUCUUCAAGAGCUCUCUUUGUCUCUCUCUCUUAUACGAGACUAGAUACCAUCUACCUAGGCAAGAUAAAAGCAUUUCGCCAGCAG